GUGACGUUUAACUUUGAGCGUGUUUGUUUAUAUUUUUAGUGAUAAAGAUUUUUGUAUACUUUGCGAUGUAAAUUAGGAUAAUAAAUCGAUAAGUUGCACAUCCUGAACAUCUUCUAUCAAAUAAGGAGCGCCUGCCAUCUGACCUUGCCAACCCGGAUGGAUGAACACGCCAAUUAUAGAUUCCACAACAAUGGCAGAGGAACAUUGUGUGAGCAGAUUUUUCCUGGAAGACACCAAAAACGCCUCUAUGAAGAGCCCAAAUAGAUUGUUGUUAUCUCCAACAAAAGACGUUGACGCUUCGCAGAAUUUAAGCCAGAGCUCCAUGGAUUCCGAUACAGACAUACUAAGCUUAUCACAACUCACCAUAGACGAACAAGAACCUAUAAGCAUACAGCCAUUCUACAAUAUAACGCCUAGAGAAAUGCCAAUAUCACCGCACUACGUAUUUGAAGAAGAAUUCUCUACAAACCCCUGGGCGCUUUUAAUAGCAACGAUCUUUCUGACGAAAACUUCGGGCAAAAACGCCAGGCGCUACAUUAAAAGUUUCUUUGAAGAGUACCCAACUCCUUAUCAUGUGUUAGACGAAAAACCGUCGGCUUUAGAAAUAUUUUUUGAUAACUUAGGGCUAAGGAAACGAGGAGCAAUGAUUUGGAAGUUAAGUUAUCAGUUCGUGUCGUCGAAAUGGCGUCGGGCAAGUGAUCUGUGUGGCAUAGGGAAAUAUGGGGAGGAUGCGUACAGAAUAUUCUGCCUUGGUCACACAGAUCUGGAUCCUGGUGAUAGGUAUUUAAAGCUGUAUUUGGACUGGCUGCGAGGGCACACUGGGUUUUUGCAGGAUAAUGGAGUGACAGACAGCGAAUGUAUCAUUGAAGAUCCGGUUUUGAAGUACUAUACGAUAACUUUACGAGAUUUUGUCUAAUUUGAGAUGUCUGCAUAUUAUAAUUAUCACGUUUUCUAUAAAUAUUUUAAGUAAAUCACUGUGAUAGUAGUUUAAGCAAUAUUUUCUCUCUCUGAUUUUUCAUGGUAAUCAUGUAGGUACCUACAUCAUGUUUAGUUAAACUGUUCAUUUGAAAAUAAACAAUAUUAAGAUA